UCGUGUGGCCUCUCUGACGCACGAGGCACAAUUCUCAGAGGCUCGGCUUACUGUUGCUCCACACAAGAAAACCGAAAUGGCGUCGGCUCCGGAUUACAGUUCCUACAGCCAGACCAGCGCCCAGCAGGGGUAUGGGUCUUACUCUGCUCAGCCCUCACAAGGUUAUGCACAGUCUGCACAGCAGGGUUAUGGCCAGCAGAGUUAUGGGUCAUAUGCCCAACCUGCUGCCACUGACGCAAGCUACACUCAGACAACACCAGCAGCUGGAGGCUAUGCUCAGCAGCAACAACAGUAUGGAUCCUCAUAUGGGCAACCCGCAUCAGCUGGCUAUCCUGCUGCCCAGUCCAGUACACAUGGCUACUCCCAGUCUACCCAAGGCUAUGGGGCCAGUGGAUAUGACAGCACACCUGCUGCUGCUGCUCCAGCUGCCUCCCAGUCCUAUGGCUCUCAGCCAGGGUAUACUGCCCAGUCCACCUACCCUGGCUAUGGCCAGCAGGCUGCUCCAACUGCACCCCAGAGUUACAGUGCUAACAGCCAGCCAGCAAGUUAUAACCAGAACAGUUAUUCCCAGCCAGCAGCAUAUGGCCAGCAACAACCUGGAUACCAGACCCAGCAGGCAGGUUACGGCCAGCAGCAAGGCACCUACCAGCAGCAGCCCCAACAGCAGCAGCAGCAGGCUCCUCCAUCUGCUUACCCUCCUCAAGCCUCUGGCUCCUAUGGGCAACCUCCUCCCAACCAGUAUGGCCAACAGAGCGGGCCCCCCAGUUAUAACCAAUCUAACCAUUACAAUAAUUACAGACAGGACGGUCAGGGUGGUCAGGGUGGCUACUCUGGCUCAGACCCUGCAAGGUACCCAGGAGCAGGGGAUGGCAGAGGGCCUGGCAGGGAUGGCUUUGACCGAGGUGGCAUGAUGCAUCGUGGGCGUGGAGGCCGAGGCAUGGGCAGCGCUGGAGACAGAGGUGGCUUCAGUAAGCCUGGUGGACCCAUGAACAGCGAUGGAGAGCGUGAUAUGGGACGCCCUGAAGAGCAGGAUGACUCUGAGAACAGCACGAUUUACAUCACAGGGUUGACUGAAAAUGCCACCCUGGAGGAGAUGGCUGAAUUCUUCAAACAUGUUGGACCAAUCAGGAUGAACCGCAGGUUGGGUCAGCCUGCCAUUAACAUAUAUACAGACAAGGAUACGGGUAAGCCCAAGGGAGAUGCCACCCUGUCCUAUGAGGAACCCUUCUGCGCCAAAGCAGCAGUUGAAUAUUUUGAUGGGAAGGAAUACCAAGGCCGAAGGCUCAAGGUCUCCAUGGCACGCCGCAAGCCCAUGAUGGGUGGGAUGAGAGGAGGCAUGCCGAUGCGAGAUGGCAUGAUGGGUCGUGGAGGUAUGAUGGGCCGUGGAGGAGAGCGUGGGGGUUUUGUGCCAAGAGGUGGUCCACGCGGUAUGGGCCGAGGCGGGCCUUCAGGAGGCAAUAUGCAGCAGAGAGCUGGGGACUGGGAGUGUCCUAACCCCGGUUGUGGCAACCAGAACUUUGCAUGGAGGAUGGAGUGUAACCAGUGCAAAGCUCCCAAACCAGAAGGCCUAGGUGGUGGUCCUCCAUUCCCCCCUGCAGGUGGUGACCGAGGCAGAGGUGGCAUGGGAAUGCGCGGAGGAAGAGGUAUGGACCGUGGUGGGCCAGGUGGAUCUGGAGGCCCAGGUGGCCCAGGUUUCCGAGGAGGUUGGGGAGGUGACCGUGGAGGAUUCAGAGGGCGAGGUGGAAUGGAUAGAGGAGGAUUCCGUGGGGCUGGACGUGGAGGACCACCCAUGGGUGGCAGAGGUGGAAGAGGAAUGGGCCCACCAGGCAAGAUGGAUAUGAGGGACCAUCGCCAGGAACGCAGAGACAGGCCCUACUGAAGAACAACUUGAGUUUUCCUCUUGCUGAAUUUGAUUUUUAAGAUGAAAACUUUUAAUUUAUGAUUCCAUGUAUCAGUGGUUAUCAAACAGUUUUUGGAAACUUGUUGCAGAUUCAUUCAGCUCAUAAGUGUUACUAGUUAUUUUUGUUUUAGUUUGUUCAGCCAUGGUUAUGCUUCAUCUUGUCUUGUGCAUGUUUUUUUUUUCUUUCCUUUUUUUAAAUAUGCAGUUUUUAGUUUUGUGUAUUGUAAAAUGCAAAGUUUUUCUUUUUUAUUUUUUAUUGUAACUGCUUCCCCUUCCCCAAGACUUCACAUUAUGUAAUGACAUUUGGGAAAUAAAAAUUUACUGACCCGGUGGUUUCCAA